GACCUUUGACAUUUUUGAUAUGGCAACAUCGUCUCCUUUCUUUUUUUCGUAGCCCUUUCCGGUUUUGUUCCUGGGGCAAGAAGCCGUAGUUUCGGUUUUUAUUAUUUUUAAUCGCCCGUAAUCCUACAAAAUGAGAAUCUAUAAGGAUAUUAUUACCGGUGACGAGAUGUUCUCGGACACGUAUAAAAUUAAACUGGUUGAUGAAGUUAUCUAUGAAGUCACCGGUAAAUUGGAGACCAGAACCCAGGGCGAUGUCAGGAUCGAGGGAUUCAAUCCCUCAGCUGAAGAUGCGGACGAGGGCACAGAUACUGCAUCCGAAAGUGGUGUAGAUAUUGUUCUCAACCAUAGGCUUGUGGAGAGCUACGCCUUCGGCGACAAGAAAUCUUUCACAUUGUACCUUAAAGACUACAUGAAAAAAUUAGUCGCAAAAUUGGAAGAGAAAUCACCUGACCAAGUAGAAAUUUUCAAAACAAAUAUGAACAAAGUAAUGAAAGAUAUCCUCGGUAGGUUUAAGGACCUCCAGUUCUUCACUGGUGAAUCUAUGGACUGUGACGGCAUGGUGGCCAUGUUGGAAUACAGAGAUAUCAAUGAUGUCUCCACCCCUAUCAUGAUGUUCUUCAAGCAUGGUUUAGAAGAAGAGAAAUUCUAAAUAUAACAGCAUAAGUGAUAUUAAUACAUAAUAUUCCAAACACCAGAGCCUAAUUAAUACCAUUUUUUAUUUAUUUACUCAAUCAUGUCCGCUCAGCAUUAAUCGGCUUCGGCUACUCCCCAUCAAAGGCUGAACUUUUUUUGUAAAGAAAUAAUGUUGGAUAUUAAAUAAUUUAACAAACA